CAACACUCAAAUAGGUCACUUCCUACCCCCAGACGGAUCUAUACCCCGAAGACCUCGCAGCGAACAUAAUCAAUGACAUCUGCAUAUCAUGUUGAUCCCAUCGGGUGCUUUCCACAGGAGCAAAUCUUUGGGAUGGGAAGAAUUGGCUUAGUCGUCCGGAAAGGAAACCUUGCCGUCAAACUACCCCUCAGGUGGAGUUCAAGCAGCGACGACGAAAUGAAAGCGAAUAUCGAAUGUCUUCAGCAUGAGCAGCCCAUCUAUCAGCGCCUAGGACAGUGCGCUGGCGUGGUCCCCUGUCUAGGUUUCACCAAAACCUCUAUCCAACUCCAGCUCAUGGAAAAUGGGGAUCUGCGUUGUUAUCUGGGCCAGAAUAAAGCCUCCAAGUCUCUUCAGCUCCGGUGGUUCCGCACAAUGGCUCGUGCUCUUGCUCGGAUCCAUGAUCGCAGGAUUCUUGUGGUGGAUAUUGCUAGUCGGAACUUCCUGCUUGACUCGGAAUUAUCAAUUAGUUUCUGUGGUUAUACCGAGUCGACCAUAUUGCCACUUAGCACUUGCAUGCAGACGGUUGACGGGGGGUAUUCGAUACAGACCGACAUCGAACAGCUAGGAGCAGUGAUGUACGAGGUGAUUGUCGGGGACAAGUGCAAAUUUGAUAUUUGGGAAUCCGCUCCGCCAGAUGCUACCCGUGGUGUUUGGCCACCAAGGGAAGGCCUUCCCAGGACUAACGAGAUUUGGCUUGGCUCGAUCAUUGAGAAGUGUUGGACUCAGGGUGCGUAUCUCUCCGCCUACGACUUGUACAAGGAGCUAGAUUUUGUCGAACUUGAUGAUGAGCCUUCACCGCUUAUGCUUGGAGUCGAAGAUACAAAUAAUUUGUGUUAA